AUGCCGAGUAUCCUCAGCGACGCCGACAAGGAGACGGUGAAGAGAAAUGUCCCGAAGCCGGCGAAUAAGAUACAUGCAGUAGCGGUUGCGCGACUAUAUGUGGCUUAUCCAGAUCCGCACAGAUGGACAUAUACUGGUUUACAGGGCGCUGUUGUGCUGGCGAACGACUUGGUCGGGCGCACGUUCUGGUUGAAGCUGGUGGAUGUAUCGCCUGCAGGGAAAGGCGUCAUCUGGGAUCAAGAAAUCUACGAGAACUUCCAGUAUAAUCAAGACCGAACAUUCUUCCACACCUUCGAGCUGGACGAUUGCCCCGCGGCUCUCUCCUUCGCGGAUGAGAAAGAGGCAAAGACGUUCAUCAAGAAGAUGAUAGAGAGAGAAAAGAAUGGAAGCAAAGAGACACGCCAGACUCCUUUCGCCUCGACACGAGGGCAAGGUCCAACCCCCGUUGCCAAUGGGAAGUCAGGCCGGUCGCUAUUCGGCAGCCUGCUAGGACACCGGUCGUCUUCGGCCUCACACGCGCCCCCAGCAAUCCCAGUGGAAUUGCCCCCUGCACCGUCAAUUCAGAUCGCCCCGCCGCCACCUCCUCCGGCAGCUACCCCUCCACGCAAGGAGUUACCAUUUGACACUAGUGAUCCUCAAAUAAAGGGUGUACUAGCCGAGCUUGAGCAGAUGGGUUUCACUGAAGACCAAAUUGCAGAGAACGCUGACUUCAUAAAGUCGUAUAUUGAGCAAAAGCAGGCCAGCGAACCAGAAUCUGUGACACCACCCGACGACCAAAGAAGAGGAAAAGCGCCCCCACCACCACCUCCUCCUUCCGCACCACCUGCCCCGAAGGCUGGCGCCCUCAGCCCCCAAAACACCGGCAACAGUGCGGGUAGUCGUCGCGGUGCGCCCCCUCCACCACCACCACCAUCACGCAAGACUCCAGCCAAGCCGGAGGAAGAUGCGGCUCCAACACCUCCUCGAGAGCCCUCACCGCCGCGGAUGAGGUUUCGCGCGCCGCCGCCCAUCGCAGAUGCUGGUAAAUUUGCCCAUACAAUUAGCCCCGCUCCGCCUGCCCGCCCGCGAGCGGCGUCAGGCGCUAAUCCAGGGCCCGGGCCCCCACCUCCGCCCCGGCCGCCGAAAGCUCCAAUGGAUGAUGGAGCACCUCGGUUUGGGGUUCCUCCCCCGUUCCAAGGGGAGCGGAAGGUGUCAGCUCCUCCGGCUCCUCCCAGUCGAAGCCCAUUAGCCCCAGGUCCUCCACCUCCUCCGCCUCGUACAGUGAGCCCUGCAGCCCCGCCACAACUUCCUCCGAAGGUUCCCAAUGCCGCAGCGCCAGGUCCUCCUCCUCCACCACCAAGAAGCCCGGCCUCGCAACCUCCACCCUUACCUCCUCCAGUACCUGGUGCCUCACGGCCUAUUCCACCACCUCCAUCGGCAAGCGCUGCUCCGCCGCCUCCGCCUCCGCCACCGCCACCUGCGGCCCAUGCUCCUCCAGCGCGUCCAGUUUCAAACAUCCCACCUCCUCCGCCGCCUCCUCCACCAGCCAGUUCUGGCCCUCCAGCCCCUCCCCCUCCACCUCCACCAGCACCAGGCGGCUUUGCCCCUCCACCACCGCCUCCGCCUCCGCCACCUCCAGGAGCAGGUGCACCACCACCUCCCCCCCCUCCUCCUCCUGGAGCUGGCGCACCACCACCUCCUCCACCUCCUGGGGGUGCAACACCCCCGUUGCCUCAAGCUAGCGGAGAUAGGAGUGACCUGAUGGCAGCUAUUCGAGCAUCAAGCGGUGGUGGGCUGAGAAAGGUUAAAGACUCGGAUAAGAGGGAUCGGAGUGCAGCCAUGGUCCCGGGAGGGGCUAAUGAAUCAUCUGCAGCAGCAACUCCUAGUUCGGGUGUCGGUCCUCAGGGAGGAUUAGCCGGAGCGUUGCAAGAUGCCCUAGCGAAGAGAAAGCAGAAAGUCAGCGGCAGCGGUAAGUCACUACUUCCUUUCAGAUAUGAAUCUCGCUAA